AUGCCAAUUAACUUUAUCUGUUAUACAAACUUUUUUGUAUUUAAAGUAUGUUGGCGUGUAAACAGUGUGUAUUAUUAAGUGUUUAAAAAUUUAACUGGUUUGUCAUAAAUUUUAUUAGUGCUGAAAAAAAAACGUAUUAACUUCUGUAAAGUCUACAAGUGCUAUAUUUAGUGGUAAUUCAUUGACCUGGGUGAAGGAUGCGAAAUUAUUAAAUGUUCAGACAGAUCUAAUGAGAAAUGCACGGGGCUUAAUUGUUAAUACUGUCUCGGUUGUUAUUGAACAUGGUCGGCGAAAUCGUUGGGUUUAAUAAAAAGUAAAACAAAACAAUAAAUAAUCAAAUUAUUGAAACAAUAAGGGAGUGCAGCGCACAAAUGACAGUGAAUAAUGGGACUUUAUAUGAAUAUGAAGAAUCCGGAUUGACGCUUCGAAAUAGUUUGGAGGUUGGAUAUAUUAGGAAAGGAAUAAUGCCGUCAGUUUUGGAUAUGGAACCAUUCAGUCAGCCUGAGUGGAGCGAUUCCAGCGACUCGUCUGGACCAGCGCCGUUACCGCAAUUGGGAUACUUCGUCCCAUUCAGAUGCAGAUGUGACAGCAGAUCGACGAAACAUUUGUGUAGGAGAAGCAAAAGGGAAUCUCCUCGGAGCCGUCGUUCUGUGUCGCAAUGCUCGUGCAGUUCUCGAAGGUCCUCCGUCGCCUCACCAGCUCUACCACCUCUCAACAACACCGUGGAAAUGUAUGUGGAGCCUGUGGUUGAAGACACAGCCGAACGUAAUUCUGGUUGGGAGACACACAGGGUGCGUCUGAACCGCGUGCCGGGGUACGGGUUCGGGAUUGCGGUGUCCGGGGGCAGGGACAACCCCCACUUCGCAAGCGGUGACCCCUCAAUCGCUGUUUCUGAUGUCCUCAGAGGAGGACCCGCUGAAGAUAAAUUGCAAGUGAAUGAUAGAAUAGUAUCAGUGAACGGAGUGCCGUUGGAGAAUGUGGAGUAUGCGAGGGCAGUCCAGGUGUUACGAGAAUCUGGGGCAACGGUGUCUCUGGUGGUGCGGAGACGAGCGCCGGCACCACCGCCCACCGCCCCCACCACCAUUAAACUAGCUUUGACGAGGAACGGAAAGAAGGAAGAUUUCGGAAUAGUCCUUGGAUGCAAAAUUUACGUGAAAGAACUAACGAUGCGGGCGAGGGAUCAGUUGAACCCGUCGGGUCAAGGGUUGUGUGAGGGUGACGUCAUAACUAGGAUCAAUAAUACAGCCGUCACAGACGCCAUGACGUUGAAAGAGGCCAAGAAGUUAGUGGACUCGUGCAAGGAUCGUCUUAAUCUGGUGAUAACCAGAGAACUGAUCAGAGAGGAGACCGUCACGAAUGGAAAUUACCAAAACAAUUACAGUAGUCUAGAAGCCGCGCCUCACACUUACCCGAACAGCUCAGAGGCUAUGUCGUCACCAUAUUCCAUAAGCGGACAAAACCUCUACGUGGCAGCACCAGUCCGCGGAGACAGGCGACACGACGACCAGCCGCCAAGACCUCCGCCACCAAGGAACGACGACUAUUACAGCAGUAGAAGACAGUUGUACGAAGAAGAUGGUAUGACGAAUCAGAGGAACAAGCCACCGAGCGAGCCGAGGUUGAUAAGUUUCCAGAAGGAGGGGUCGGUGGGCCUGCGUCUGUGUGGCGGGAACAGGUCGGGGGUGUUCGUAUCAGGAGUACAGCCCACCAGCCCCGCCGCCAUACAAGGUCUACAGCCCGCGGAUAAGAUUCUCAAGGUCAACGACAUGGAAAUGAAAGGCGUGACGAGGGAAGAGGCCGUUCUGUUCCUACUGAGUCUUCAAGAUCAGAUAGACCUCAUAGUACAACACUCGCCUGACGAAUACAACGCCGUGGCCAGCGGACAAACACCGGGUGACUCGUUCCACGUCAAAACACAUUUCCAUUACACCGAGCCGACGGAGGGGGAAAUGUCGUUUCGUUGCGGCGACGUCUUCCACGUGUUGGACACAUUGCACAAUGGAACCGUCGGCGCCUGGCAGGUCUACCGGAUAGGUCGUAAUAACCAAGAAGUUCAAAAGGGCACGAUCCCGAACAAGGCUCGUGCUGAGGAGCUUGCUACAGCACAGUUCAAUGCCACCAAGAAGGAGAUGUCCGGCAACGAUGCUAAGACUAACUUCUUCAGACGACGACGAUCAACACACAGACGCAGCAAGAGCCUUGGAAAGGAGCAUUGGGACGAGGUGGUGCUAUCAGACAGUAUCAGCAAGUUCCCAGCUUACGAGCGCGUGGUGCUCGCUCAGCCAGGGUUCGUGAGGCCUGUGAUAGUGUUGGGAGCUCUCGCGGACGUGGCCAGGGAACGCCUGCUGGCUGAACACGGAGACAAAUUCGCCUCGCCCAAAAUGGACAGUACUCUGGAGGACAGCAAGUCGAAGCCGAGCGGCAUCAUCCGCCUCUCCAGCAUCCGCAGCAUCAUGGAGCGAGGAAAACACGCGCUGUUGGACAUCACGCCUAACGCCGUGGACAGGCUCAACUACGCGCAGUUCUAUCCCAUAGUUAUAUACCUGAAAGCCGACAACAAACAUAUCAUCAAACAACUCAGAAGCGGCCUGCCUAAGUCCGCCCACAAGUCAUCGAAGAAACUUCUAGAACAGUGUCAGCAUAUGGAGCGAGUGUGGGGUCACGUGUUCACACACACCAUCACACUCAGUGAUGCCAACAUCAAUACAUGGUUCGGCAAACUCGGCGAGCUGGUGCAACGCACACAGCAACAACAGCUAUGGGUGUCUGAGACUAAGAGACCGGAGCCGUUGUCAGACGACUUUUUAUUCUCGAUGUCGUCGAGCUCAGAGAAUAGAUUGUCGUACGCGUCUAGUCCUGAGAGCGACUUGGAAGUAAGUCCACCGCCCGCUCCUAGACUGGUGAAGUCUUCCUCGGACCCAUCGAUAGCGACCACCCAAGAUAACAUGGACCGCGACGACGACAUCAACCUCAUGGCUGAAGCUGUACCUCCUCCGUAUUCGCAAGGUGGUUAUGAUAGCAAGUAUGGAUUCGCUAACGGGAACAGUAAUGGCACUCAGAGCCUGCCGACCGAGGCCCCGCCUUACCAGAUGCAGUCUUCGCCCCCGAACUCACCUUUGUAUGGAACAGUACCCGAGCUUCCUCCCCGAGGUCCGCCGCCGGGUGGAACCCCCUCCAGACCGACGGGUGGAGUACUACUGCCCGCACCUCCUCCUACGAGACACGGACUGCGACACACUAAUAAUCCUCGCCCGUCGGCCCAGGAGCGUCUGUUUGGGUCCAAGGAAACCGACGACACGUACAGCGCCCGGCCCCAGCAAGGAUCGCUGGACAGGCACAGACAUACUAACAACCCGCAGGGUUCAUACGACGGUACAUAUGACUACAGCACCAACGCUCACAAUCCAUCUCGACUCCCGCCUAACGCGCCGGACGACCUUAAAGUUGCCCCCACCAUUAAAAUGGAACCUCAGCCGUCGGCGAAUCCGACGAAUAUGGCAACACAGAGUCCACAAAGAAACUCAAAUUCCCACGAACACAACUCGUUGGACUAUAAUAGGACACCGGAGAACAACUACAGACCCGACAACUACCGCACCCCACAAGUCCGACCGCCCAUGAACGGAAAUAGCCCGCACGCGCAGAACGCCCAUAACGCCCACAACAACCAUAACGCUCAUAACGCCCAAGUUCAGAACGCUCACAACCCUCACAAUGCCCACAACGCUCACAACAGUCAAAUCGUGAACACGCCCAUGCACGCCCGAGGACCCUCCUUACCAAAUGUACCGACGAACGACCACGCGAAAUACAGCGCACGCACGAACUCAGCGUCGCAGGCGGACUACGGCGGACGAGCGCCGCCCUACAAACCCGUACCGCCUCCGAAACCCAAACACUACCGACCUCCCGAACAACCGCUCCAACAACAGCACCCGCAACAACACUCGCAACAACACCAACAACAACACCCACAACAAAUCCCUCAACAUCUCCCUCCGCAUCCACGGAAUGGAAGUAUGGACGUGUCUGUUCCCGGCACACACUACUCCCACUCCCACUCCCACUCGCAGCCGCACCGCGCGCCCCACGGACACGGCUACCACCAGCAAAACAUGUACGGAGGGGUCCAAGCGCAGUCACCGCCCUACGCGCCACCGCCUCAUAGAGCCAUCAACCUUCCACACAACCCUCAUCUGAUUGAUUUGGCUGGCAGUAGAGAACAGCGCGGAUCAGCCUUCGAGUUGUAUAGGAAGCCACAGCACAUGCACAAUCUGAGCUCCGACGUCAUGAACUCCAGCGUGGAGGCGGAAGAGAAUUUCUCACCAAAAACUAAAAAGAAACUAUCUAAAAAGCCAUCGUUCAUAAAAAAUGCCGUCCUCGAUCUGUUCAGAUCUAAAACGAAAAAUUCACAGAAAGUAUCGCGACAGAAAUCGUUGUGCGAAAGCGAUUUGCAACAGAGAUACGCCCAACAGAUGCCGGCGUUGAGACGGGAGAAGUCCGAUCUCAGUGAUCUGAACACACACAUGAGGAACACGCAUAUCAGGAACCAAAUGUUGCAACGCAGCAACUCCUCGUCAUGCGAAAAACCGAAUCUAAAGCCGAUACUCAAGAGACAGAGCUCGUUCUGUGACGACAGAAACGGUUCGAUGUGUACCGUCAGAGAUUACGAAACGAAACCCGUAUCUAGGAACUUGAUACGACAGAACUCCAUGUGCGAAAUGGAAACCGAACCUAAAGUUACCCCCUUACUACGUAGACAGAACUCACUCAUAGAAUAUAGUAGGAGAGGAGUCUACCCACCUACCCCUAACUUUAAUAUGAUCACCAAAAUAGAUCCCAUUUACCAAAGACAACAGCAAAUUAAACAUGAACCUUUCUACCCAACUCAACCGCUACCUCCAGAGCCAAUAUACCAAAGCAAAGAACAUAUUGUAUACGAUCCUAUCCCUAAGCCCAGGAGAACAUAUACUUCUCUUUACGAUACCUCCAGCGAGAACCCUUACGCGAGUAGAUCAGAAAUUUCAAAUCAAAGUUUCGAAAGCCCUUACGGCAAUCGUGAAACUGUAGCAAUGCCUCUACUAGAUCCUCCCUAUGCUACAAGAGCAGAAUGCAUGAGGGAAAGUAAUUAUGGUACUAGAAACGAAAUGCCCGAAAAUCCAUACUCCCUGAAACAAGACGCGCCAAGAAAACCCGAAUCACUCUAUAGCGAAUUGCCUUAUGUGAGCAAAGAGCAGAUGUUGAGACAAAGGAUGACGCCUGAAAGUCCGUAUGCCACUAAAGAGGAUAUGCUGAGACAAAGAUUCUCAGAAUCCCCGUACAGUCCAAAAGACGAAAUGAUUAAACAAAGAAUGGAUGGCUCGUUAACAUGUAAAGAACCGAUCUAUGGUAAAAGAACAUACGAGCCACCACCAGGCACGUCCUGGUCUGAAACUAAUACGUAUGGCGUACGGCCAGACAGACGGCUGCAAACACCAGUAAACUUCAUAGGAAGAAUAUCGCCUAUGAGCAAAUGUAUGAGUGAACCUCCGUAUGUGAGUAGAACAGAAAUGAUGGCGCGAAUCGCCCAGACAGAAUCUCCAUACUCAACCCGAUCGGAACUGAAAUCGAGUUGCUCGGAUAACAGUUACAACAGGAACGACAGUCUCGAUCACUCCUCAAACGUGAGGCCGGCUUCCGCGGAGUGUACAUACGUUACCAAACAAGAAAUACUAUCACAAAAGGCAGCUUUACUGGCCAACAAAGAACCCAUUUACGGUAGUAAGUUAGAGGAAAAGUUAGAAAUUAUAAAGCAAAGAAAUCAAGCUAAAAAAGAAAAAAUAUAUCAAACCAGACUCGAAACGAACGACAGUGACUCAAUCAAAAGCAGAGAGCCGUUGUACGUUUCUAAGAGGGAAUUAAAAGAUAGUGUCAUAUAUGAGUCUAACCAGGAAGCGAAAGAGGUACAGCCAGUCAGUCAGGAAGGCAGCGCUAGAAGCAGUCCUUACGAACUGAGUGACGCGAAUCACCUGUCACGACGAGACUCGCUGUACCAAACGAAAGCAGAGGCAUUGGACAGUGAAGUGGAAAAGUUCCAAGAAAUCGAUUUUUCAAAACUGAGAUUAACAGAAUCCAAAACCGAUGCAGAAAAAGAAAAAACAAAGAAUUUAGAGAACAAUAUAUUAAAAGGCGAACCGCAGUACGCGCCAAGAUUGCACGGAAAGACCGAUCAUAUAUCGAACGCACUGAAAGUAACCACAUCCCCAACUCCCUACGACUCGACCACCUCAAUGGAAACACAUUACGCGUCCGAGUGCAGUAUGAACUUCGAGAACAAGCCACAGAGCACGCCGUACACGUCACAAGAUUUACAAGAUAAAUCGAAAGCUAACCGAACAGUGACUUUUUGUGAACAAAUAUUAGAAAAGAGUCCAGAGACUAGCGAGGAUAAAUCCGAAAACACGACCGUUGGAAACGAAACCACAGUCAUCAGCAAUGACAGUACAGUCAUCAAGACUGAAGCGGGAGAGGCUGAUGACUCCGCCAAUAAGACGGAAGUGGAACCAGACGGUCCCCAUACCACUUGGGGUAUAUUCGACAGUGAGGGCGGAGUUCUAGAGGACAGGCAUUGGGGUGUCUCACUGAUUAUCCCGCCAAAAGCCAUCGCACCGGGCAUCAAGCAAAAGAUCUAUUUUACCGUGUCAGACCCUCGACUGAGCCAGCGGGUUGGUGGACCCCCCAUCGACCUCGAUAACGGUGAAGCGAUGCUGUCCCCACUAGUGAUGUGCGGUCCGCAGGGUCUGGUAUUCUUAAAACCGGUGACGUUACGAUUGCCGCACUGCGCUAACGCGGUCCCAUCACUAGGACUCACAAUCAAGGCGACAGACACGGAGGCACACUUGAGCACGGACUGGGAUCAGAUACAUCUCCCAGCGACUACAACACUCAACACCGUCGCUGUCAAAGUAGAUCAUUUUUAAAAAUGCCAAAUAAAAGCGCAUCGGUUUCCAGUGA